CCGCCACAAAUAACCGCAGCCGUUUCUUCGUCACCCAGCCUGACGCUGCGCAAAUUUCCCGACUCGCAUUCAUUGACGAUGGUCGAGCAUGGCGAUCUGCUCUGCGCGCAGUCGCAUCGCUCGCUCGCUCGCUCACUUACUCUGCGUGACGCGGCUUCCGUCGCAACCAGACUAGAAAUGGAAAUGGGAAGUGAGAGAGAGAGAGAUGGCGGGCGAUUUCAGGUUCGGCAGUGGCGGAGCGUGUUUGUUUGUUUUGUCACCGGCAACGAGGAGGACAGUGUAAGUGAUGGAUGAGGUGGUGGAGUUAGGGAAGGGAAGAAGGGCGGAGGAAGUAAGGGGAGGAUGAAAUCGUGCGCUGGGAGGGAGUCAAAGAAUCCCAGUUGCAACUGUAGCAUUCAAUGGUGCGUCCGCCACAAUGGACAGGCUGCGAUUAUCCACAUGAUUAGCAUUAAAGUUUGGCUUUACCCGGCUCGGAUGUCGCGGAAUCGAAGUGGGGUUGUAAUGCUAUAAGUUCGCACUUGGACCAAGCACCAGCUAGCAUUGUCUGCAAUUUUCUUGGUGCGGUAAAGAGCGGCUAAUUUAUCGACGCCAGGGGUAAGUAAAAACCCGUGACUGUGACUGCGGGAGAUCCGAGGGCGCGAGUGCGAGGCUGCCGAAGAAUUCGAGGGAGACGGAGAAUUGUUGGAGGAGUUUGGGGGGUUUUUCUUUACCGCUCAAUUGUGCCCAAAUUCGGCGAAGCAUAGUGGUGCUGCCUGCCAAUAAGGCGACAUGGCCGGGUGUCAUAAUCCUGGGAGGUGCGUAGGAUUGAUGGCAGGUUUAUCAGGCCGUCUCACAUUCAGAAUGCCGCAAUGUUAAAUGUUGUAUUACAGCACAACAGAACAGUGGCAGACUACUUCAUGAUCUGCUGGUUACUGUCAGGCUCCCCACGAUAUGUUGCCAAUUCAGUGACUCGAUGACAGGCGAGGUGGAGACCUUGUAGGCGUGUGCAGAUUCCCUGGGGGAGUGAACACACGCGCAUAUUUUGCCAGUAUUCUGGUGUGUGCAGCGAGGCUGUCUUCGCAUGGCGUCUAUCGGUUGGGUUCCGUGCGCAGACCUUCGCGUGAGGAUGUCUGCACCCAAUUGAGGGCGCCAUCAAUUUGCCUUUCGACCUGGAAGCUUUGAGCUGCGAGGUUCAAUGGCUGCGGCUGCUACCCUGCGAGGAACUGGUAGAAACUCCAGAAGCAACAACAGCACCUGCACCCGUCUAGUUUCCGGACCCGUCAUCGCCACGUCUCCAUUCCACACCCUGGACUAUGAUUGCACAGAUUGCGGUUCAUUCUUGUUUGGCCAGCGCGGGAGGCUGCGACUUCGACCGCCUGGCGCUCGUAGCACCAGUCAUAACCAUGACUCUUGCGAAAGCAGCAUCAGUGAAACAGCCCAGGCUCAAGUACAGCGGCUUCUCUUAGAUGAUGACUCGCUAAGGCAGAGGCACCCGUCUGAACCUGUUGAGUCUCAGCAAAUGGUUGUACCACAGAACGAGCAGAUACCGGCACUUGCUCCAGUGACGGAACCUGAAGACACUGUCGACUACAGAAGCGCAUCAGGACUCUCAGUUUCAAACGAUGUUAGUGAACCAUCUUUGUUGCAGCCCUCCGAGAACGAGGUGGAGGACGUGGGCAUUGACAGAGAGAUAGAUUUUGUGGCAUGUCAAGGAGCCUCACCUGUGGUUGCUGAAAAUGACAACGAUUCGUCUUCCGCAUUGGCCGAUAUUUUUCGAUGCUUCAUCUGUCUCGGAAAGGUUGUCGAAGCUCAGCUGUGUCCUUGCUGUUCGAAGCUGGUGUGUCAGCCGUGCAUCAAGAGAUGGCUCACAGACCAGAAAUCGGAGUGCCCACACUGCCGGGCACCUCUCCUUGUAUCGCAGCUCGUGAGUUGCAGAUUCAUUUCCGAAAUAUCCACGGAAGUGGAGAAGAUUCAAGGAAAGCUAGGUGACAGUCCAAUGGAAAAGUACUGUCCGGCUCAUGAUAGCCCACUUCUCUACUUUUGUAGCACAUGCGCAGUCGCUGUGUGCUCAGACUGUGCUGUCUUGAUUGAGGAUCACCGAAAUCACACAUUUGAGAAGUUGAGUGUGGCCUACGGUCGUCACAAGAAGAAGAUUCGAAUGGAAGCCGCUGGGUUACGCAGGCGCAGAAAGGAGCUCUCUUUGUUGGUGGCAUCAGUGGAUAAAAACAUCGAGAGUGUGCUCAAGUCGAAGGACGAGUCUGUUGCAGAGUUGCAAGUGGCAUUUAAAAAGAUGCAGUCUCGGCUUGAAGAGCAGCUCAAGUGCAAGCUCCUGGCGUUACUUUCGCACAAGGCCUCCAUGACUCAAGAAAUGGAACUUCUCGACACAAUAUUGCAAGAGCUAGAUCAGCAGCUGAGCAGUAUUCCAAAGAGCGACCUUAUAGCGCAGGAACCUAACAUGAGCCGCAUGUUACAGGAUAUUCGGACUCGCACGUUUUCACAUGUCUCGCGCUCGCUUAUCCCCUCAGAGUUCAUAUCUGAGGUUGUGCCUUCAUAUGAGUACGGUGAACUCGUUUUGAAGAACUACAAGGAAAAUCUGAGUCAAGUCAGAUCCGCUGUUUUCGUACCAGGCGGCACUCCCAACAUCAGUCAAAUUCUGUUGAAUAAGGAUGUUGUAUACAGCAAGCCUAUUUGUGCUUCAGGUGUUGCAUGGCGGCUGAAGGUGUAUCCGAACGGCAGCGGCGCUUCUCAGGGUACUCAUCUCUCGGUGUUUUUAGAGAUGGUGAAGGGCGGACACGAACCAGCUACUUACGAGUAUGGCAUUGAGCUCCUGCACCCCACGCGACCUAACCAGCGGAUAAUUCGAAAAUUUUCCUCCGAUUUCGAGAUGGGGGCAUGUUGGGGCUACUGCCAAUUCUUCAGGAUUGAUCUUCUGGAGAAAGAAGGCUAUCUGCAGCCAACUGAGGACACCAUUGUCAUGCGCUUCUACGUUCGGCCUCUCACGUAUAAGCAACAAUGCCAAGACUUGCAAAGAGCACUUGCAGAGUUACAAGUUGAGCGCGACGAGUCCAUCACGCAAGUGGCAAUAAUUCGAAGAGCAUUUGCAGCAACAUUUUUCCAACGCAGGCGGAGACGAAGCAUCCGCUUGGCUGGGUGCGUCGGAGACGAGGAGGCGGCGAUCGCUCAAGCAGUUGCAGCUGGGACGGGCACUAAUGUCUCCUCGCCAACGCUGGCCGUUCGAAAAGUAUCGCACAUUCCUAGCAUCAAGCACUUCCAGGUAAAAAUGCAAGAGUACAGUGGUACGAGAUCUAAGUCAUGGAUUUCAGGGACGUCGCCACAAGCUGGGAUCAAACGCUACUCCGAAAGCGCUGUUAAAAACUUCGAGAUCUCUGCGGCAGAUACUGGAGACUCGGCAGCUCAGCAAGACGAAGAUGACACAAGGGCACCCUCUGUGGAGCGCUUUGAUACAACGCGAAGAACAGACCGGAAACAAGAGCCGUGGACGAAGAAUAGGGAAGAAGCAAUCCACAGGGGCAAGAUGCGCGUACACAGGAAACCGCGCAGCCGAAAAUCUCACAAGUUGGCGCUUCUGGCCCCUGAAGCGGUUCUGCCCUUCAUAGGUCUUCCUGACACCACUGUGCCUGACCUCUCUGUGAUGGAGGCUAACCCCUCGGUUGCUGCAACGCAAAUACGCACCGCUCCCGUGAGCGCAGGUGAGAGUUCAAGUGGUGAUGAGAAAUGCGAAGAGGGAUUCUUGGACGUAGAAGGCCUGAUCACCACCAGCGGACUACCCUCUAACAACGUUCUUGGAGCUAACAUCGGUGAGGGCGUGGAAGAUUCGUAGCACUCCUACAACAAAUUUAGCAACAGCUUCUGCACCUACGAUCGAAGGCUAGGGUUACCUCAUAUAAUCAUGAUUUCCAGAGACACUGUGGUGAAGUUUCUCGGAGAAAUUUCUCAUGUCCAAACGUUCAACUUGCGUUUGUUUAAGUGACGAAGCGGAGGCGGGUGAUCGAGUAUGAGGACUUUCCGAACUCCAGAUGGUGACAGCGUCAGGAAUUUGGAAUGAUACCUUCAUUGAGUGCCGUGAGGAAGCAUGUAUACCCACACCGCAACGCUCUAGCAAAAGCCUGGCGUCGGCCUCACUCUUGAUUGUGAAGGUCCUAAAGCAAUCCUUCAAUUUUGUACAGUACAUGUCCGGGUGUUGGACAAAAUAUCAUGUCAUAGCACUGCAGAACUGCAGUCGAGGAGAUAGUGAUUUGCGUAGUUUCGGACGCGUAAAUGCACCCUCAGCUCUUUUCUGAAAAUUGAAGAUAAAACAAUCUAAGCUAUUCAGCAAUACACUCCGAACCAUCAAGAACCUAGUAGUCAUUGAGCAUCUUGAUGUAUAUAAAAAAAAAUCCCUUGUAUUAUAUACAUCGUAAUCAUGUGUGACGAGCAUCGCAUUCAUUAAACCCAUUACACGUUUCAA